UUAAAAACAAAAUAUCUUUUCAAAGUAAAUAAAUUAAUCAAUUAAGUUGAAAAAUUGUAUUAAAGCGAAGAAAUGUCUAAUAAAGAUAAAUUCAGUUCUUCUUUUUUUUUAAAUAACAAUUAAUAAUCUGAAUUUUAAAUGCAAAAAAAUAAAAUAUUUUAAGAUUAGUAAGAUUAUGAUGGUUAAAAUUCAUUUAAUUCUGAAGAAUUCAAACAGGACUAACAAAGCGAAGAUCAGAUUGUUUAGAAUGAUGGAUAGAAACAAUUAGGACAAUAGAUGUAAAAAAACAGCAUAGUUUAAGAUUAGCAAGAUUAUGAAGAUUAGCAAGAUUAUGAAGGUUAGCAGGCAGAUAUUAUCUAAGAAUUGGCUGCUGACUAAUAAAAUAGAGAUUAGAUGAUUCAAACUCAAUAAAAAAGUUAAGCAUCAAAUCAGCGAAAGAAACUUAAAUAUAAUAAAAAAUUCCCAAUUUAGCAACUAUCUGAUAAUGCGUUUUUGACUAAUUAGGGUUAACAAAAUAUUUGUUGGGAUAACGGGUAGGAGUAUAUAGGAUAGACAUAAAAAAAUAAUAUAUUUUAAGAUUAGCAAGAUUAGGAUUAGGAUGAUUAGCCAGCAGAUAUUCUCUAAAAAUUGGAAGAAUAAUUAAACAGAGACUAGAUGAUUGAAACUCAAUUAAAAAGUUAAACAUCUAAUUAGCGAAAGAAGCUUAAAUAUGAUUAACAAUUUCCAAUUGAGGAGCUACAAAAUAAUGUGUUUUUAACUAAAAUGCCAGAAAAUAAUUAUUAGGAAGAUGAAGAGGAAGAGCAAAAUAUUGAAUAGAAUAUCUCAGAUGAACCUAAUUAUGAAAAUUAAGAGGAAAAAAAUAUUAAUGAUAAAAGCAAAAUGGAUUAAACUAUAAGGAUUUUAGAUUAAGAUAUAACAGCAAGUUAAAUUAAUUAUGAUUUAGAAAAUGAAGAAUAUAACAAAAAAUUUGGAUUAAAUUAACAUACUGACAAAAAUUAUUAAUAAACUAAUACUGAUUUUGGCAAAGAGCUUGAACAAGCUAUGGAAGAAAUUAAUGAUUAAACUUAAGAAUAAAUAUGGUAAGACGAAUUCGCUUAAGAUGGAAAUUAACAAUUUUUCAACACUUCUAAUCAAAAUAAUUUUGAGUUUUUACCCACAAACACAUUUAGUUUGUCAGAAUAUAUUAAAACGACUAUAAAUGACCAUUACUUUAAUGGAGAUUGUUAAAAUGUAAAGACAAGACUAAAUGAUACAAUCAAACAAGUUUAUUAAUACGUGGAAUCUUAAAUAACAGAAAAGCAUAACCAAAUUGAGGAUUUUAAAACAAAGUUAAAAAAAUUCAUUUUUGAUUAUAGAUACGAUCAAAAUCACUAACCACGCAAAUACUUUCACAAAACUCUUACUGAAUAAAAUCUAAGACAAAAAUUUUAAGACCCUAAAUAUGACGAGCGUAAAGUCAACUUCGAAAUUCAAGAUUUUGAUGAGACUCCCUUCAGUUUGUUCGCUAACGAAGUGGAUAUUUACAUCAACUCUCUUUCUAACGAGAUGUGUAUAAAAUAAGCUUAUUAUAACGAAUUAGAAGUGUAUUUGAAUGCAGUUUAUAGAGAAAAGUGUGAUAUUAAAUCUAAUUACUUGUAUGAAAGGAGAAUUUAUCAUCAGUGCAUUCAAUUUACUUUCAAAGAUACUGGCUUGACUUUAAAAAUUAGAAUUUAAAAAAAAAUUUAUAAUUUAUUUAAGCAGAGAGAUAAAAUAAUUCAAAGCUUUUAUGCAAAAAAUAAAACAGAAUUAAAUAUUUUUAGUAGCUUUGUCUUUUAUUGGGCUUAAAAGCGUUAGCUGCUUUCACAAUAUAUCAUGGACAAAAACGCUUGGAUAAUCUUAAUUAUUUAUUUUUUCUAAAUUAACAAACGUUUACCUCCAUCCAUAAAUUAUGAUUAGCUAGAUCUAACUGCUAAAUAAAUAGAAAAUGAAUGCUAUUAAUAAGCAACAGACCAACUCAAAAGAAAUUUAGAAAAAGAAAAACAAGCAACAAUCACUAGUGAUAAGGUAUUCGACUUCAAAAAGUUUGAAAAAAAGAGCAAUUCUUAGUUUGUAGUUCAAUGCAAGCUUGAUCAAAAGCUUAAUAUCAAUAAUAGAGAUUUGACUCUGGAUAAUAUGAAAAUUUACUAAAUUCUACCAAUAAUUAGACCAAGCAGUUAAGAAAUACAUAAAAUACAUGAAGCUCCCAAUUUUAAUUAUGGUUUCUUCUUCUUUAAGUUUUUAUAUUUUUUAAAUUUUCAAAUUGUCAUAGACCCGAUAUCAGUAUCAAUAAAUGGCUAAAUUUUACAAAAAAAAAUAAAUAAUCAUAACGAAAACGCCGAACCAUUAUCAAUAAGAGAUACAAUAAGACCAGAAAUUAAUUUAGUCUCGCAUUUAUCAUUCUAAUAAGAUGCCUUUUCCCAUUUUGUAGAGCAAAUAAAGUUUGCUUACAGCACUAUCCAUGAAAAUAAAUCAGAAAAGUUAUUUCUAAAAUCUAUUCCUUCUCCUGUAUUUAACACCUCUAAGAGAGAAAAAUGA